AUGGCCGUGGAGGAUGAAGAUAUCCGGGACCGGGAGACUUGGGCAGGCGUCGCGAGGUUCUGGUAUUGCAAAGGCGCUGAUAGAAGCCCUGCUGUCGGUCGGCUCUAUCAUCACCUAGCUAUCCUCGCAAGGCCAAACGCGCUCCAGCAGCUCCACUACUACUCACGAUCCCUUACAUGUCUGGAGCCUUUUAUGGGUACGAAGGAAUCGAUUCUCACGCUGUUUGGAACACUCGCUAGUCGUACGAAUACGUCUCAUACCCACUCGGUCAGCAUCGACACUGUCUUCGUCAAGGCACACAGCAUACUUUUCGGCAGGGUUUCCUUGGCUUCAUUCGAACCGGUACUGAACGAAUUUCUUGGACAGCUGGAUAAUCAUAUUGGCCGCGUGACAGCUAAAUGGAAGGAACAUGGCAUAUACGUAGCCGUCUCUAAUCUGGCUUCGCUCUUCCUCUACGGAGCUAAGGAGUCUGCUUUGCGCGGGUACUUUGAUCAAAUGUACAGGCAUCAGAGAGUGGAGAACCUCCCUUCGGAACCGGAUGCAGGCGUCCCGUUAUUCAAACCGGAGCUUAACACAGCGGCUUCUACCAAUCUCCCAGGCCCGUUUACCGACCCAACGUUUGCUCUUGCGUGUCACUUGGUGUUCUCCACCUUUCGGCUUGUUCUUCGGCGUAUAGGGGAUAGAAAUGUGCUCUCAUACGUGCACGUAAUGUUCGUGUUUGUUCUGGCUCUUUUGAGAAUCCCACACGACUGCUCAGCAAUUCUCAGAUACGUCCCAUGGGGAGAAGUUGUUUCAUUUCUGAAUACGUUGGCAAGGUCCGAGAAGAUUGGGUCACACCUUGAGAGCAAUACGUUUCCGGGUCAGGAGAGCGAGGAUAGUCGGCCGCUGCCAGAAGAUUUUCAGAUGCGCGGCCAAAUAUGGAGUCAGGGGUACCAUCCAGCAGACUGGUUCUCCAAGCACGACUUGGACGAAGAGGAGAGGUCACUGGAGCUUGCUUCGACUGUGGAAUCAAGGACUGAAAGGGUUUUGUGGUUGGGUAGACAGAUGGCAUCAGAUUGUCAAUACCUAAACUACGACAGAAGGUUCAAAACAUGGGCUGUCGGCUCCCUCACCUUUGGGGGCAGAGACUCUCAUUCGCCUCAACAGUUGCCUACUCAACCUACCAUGACUACAAACAUGGAGGUAGAUCUACAUCAGUCGGAGGCGUUUGUAAGAACCGUUGAUGCCGUUAGUCCGAAGCGCCAGAGCCCAGUCUCGCGCACACUCAAGAGCGAAGAGCAGCAACCGCAGCAUCAGACACCCAACAAGCAAGUGAUGCAGCACUACACAGUAAUUGUUUGCGAUACGAGCAUGUUGCUGGAUCAGUACGAUGUCUUCUGCGAGCUUAUCGAGGGUGGCACAUGGAACGUGGUAAUACCGGAUAGUGUGAUUGAGGAGCUCUCGCUCAUCUGCAGUGGAGAUGCUCGAGAUGAAAAACACCGCGCCGCGGUACGAGCGCUACGGAUUAUCGACAUGGCGAUUACACAGUGGAAGAAUGUUCGAGUCUUGACGGCAGAGGGCAAGGACGUAAGCCGAGAAAUAACUGGUCGUGGACAUCUCAAUUCUCAGGUAGGGAACGAUCGAGCAAGCAUAGAUGAUGUGGUUGUGGGUGUUGCAAGGCAGCAAAGUGGCUUCAACAAGGAUACCGCGGAAGCCGUAUCGGGUCCACAGGAGGGUGUGGAAGCUGCAGUACUGGUCACGGACAUGGAAUCCAUGAGUCUCAAGGCACAAGCCUCUGGCGUACGAGCCAUGGCCUCUUCCAAGCUGCGGAACAUCCUGGACCUUGGCCGCACCCGGAGCCGAGCAGGAUCUGGAGGGAAAAGUGUAUCUUCAUAG